AUGGAUUACGAAGAUAGAUUGGCAACCGCCGAAAGAUCAGAAUCUCCUUCAUUAGUUGGAUCAUCAAUUAGAUCUGCUGAUGAUUCUCCACAUAGAAAUUAUAUUCACCCUGAAAAAUAUAAAUCCAAAAACACUAAAAGUAAAUUAAGUAAAUUGAAUCCAGCAAUUGCAGCCUCAUUAGAUGAUUUAAUUGGGGAAGGUGCUUUAUUAAAUUCUGAAGAGGAUUUUGAAAAGUAUUUAGAUAGUGAUGGUUCAGUUAAAACUGAUGCUAAAUAUAUAUCGAAAGAAAAUGAGGAUCCAAAAAAGGAACAAGGAUCAAUUGAAAGAGCUAAUGAUUUAGAAGGCAAAGAACAACCAAAAAAGGAAGAUUCUACCGAAGCCAAAAUUACAAAACCAACAUCAAUUGAUCUUCCAGAAACUCCUAAAAAUGCAGCUUCUUCAUUUUAUAAACAAGAAGAUUAUUCAACUCCGGAUUUGUCAGAAUAUCAAAUUGAUCAAGAUAUCAAAAGUCAUCAAGAUUUAUUAAGUCAUGUAAAGUCUUAUGAUCUCGAAAAACUACCAAGAUCAACUUCUUCAUUUAAAGAAGGUUCCAAAACUUCACCAUAUAAACCACAAACUCAAAUGUCAGCUGCUCAACAACAAAGAUCUGAAGGUCAUAUUCAUACUCCAACUUUUUUCACUGAUAGACCAAGAUCAAGAUCAAGAUCAGCAAAUCCAUCAUCAAGAGCUGGUGAACGUUCAAGUUCAAGAUCAUCAACUAAUGCAAAUAAAACAAAAACUCAUUUAGCAAGAGGUGAUUCAUAUAAAAACAUUCAUGGUGAUGAACCGGAAAAAUAUGAACUACCACCUGAAUUUUCAGCAGAAGAUAAACAAUUAGCUGAAGCAGAAGAAGAUGAUGAUAGACGUUCUAGACAAUCAAGACCGACAAUGGGAGAAUCUAUAGCUAUAGCAGAAGCUAAAAAAGCAGAACAAGAAGCAAAAGAUAAGAAUCCAGCAUUUAUAAGUGAUUAUGAAUCGAAUCCCGUCACACGUGACCCAUCAUUAGUAACAACUGGAGAUUAUACAAAUUUUGAAGUUGAUUCACCACAUACUGAAUUUGAACCAUCAAAUAAUUUAUAUUCAUCAAGAUCUAUCUCCUCUACAAAUUAUUUAAGAUCUAUCUCAAGAUCAAGAUCAAGGGCAAGACAUCCAACACCAAUGGAUGAAAAAAAUGAUGCAAACGUUGAUACUUUAGUUGAAGAAGGUGCAUUAGUCACUGAUGAUCCUUAUGCAUCGAUUGAACAAUUGGAUACAAUGGUUGAAGAAGUCUUGCAUGGUGAUACUAAUUCUAAUUUUUUACCAUUAACUGAAGAAGAUGAAAGAAAAGAUGAUGAGAAAGAGAAAUCCGUGCCGGAAAUAAAAGAACCAAAAGAAAAUGAGAAAAGUGUUUCAGAAUCAAAAUCAGCAAAAUCUGAAAUUUCUGAGCCAGUUUCAAAAACGUCACCACAAACAAAGUCAGAAACUUCCGAACCUGCAGAUAAUUCUUCUACCAAAUCUACAGAAACUUAUGAAAAUUUAAUCGAUGAAGAUGCAAAGAAAGCAAAAUCCGAUGGAAAUGAAAAAGAUGACGCUGAUCCAGAACCAUUAAAAGUAGAAGGUGCAUUAACUAGUGAUGAUCCAUAUGAAAGAGUAGAUGAAAGUGAAUUAGAAAAAGAGGGUAUAAGCACAGGAAAUAAAGAAGCAAAAGAAGAAGCUAACGAAAAAAUUGAAAAAUCUGGAGAAAGUCCAUUGAAGAAGGAGGAAAAACAAGAACCAACUAAUAAAAUACCAGAUGAAUCAGAUAAAUUAGAAAAACCAAGUGAUAAACCAGUAUUAUUAGAAGGUGCUGAUAAUGCAGAUGGACCAGAAGAAUUAAAUGAAUUAGAAGAAGAUGAAAAAGAAGGUGCAAAAGAAAAUAAAGAAGAAGCCGAAGAAGAAAAAAAAGGUAAAUUACCAAAAGAUGAAGAAGCAGAAUUAGAAUCUGCUGAAAAAAAUAAGUCAACAUUAAUUGAAGGUGGAGAAGAAGAAAUUAAAUCGGUUACGAAAGAAGAUCAUGAAACAAAAGAACCUGAAAAUGUUAAAAAAUUAGAACCAAAUCAAGCAUUAGUAGAUCCUGAAGAAACUUUAAUUCAAUCAUCUGGUGAUGUUGAUGGUCCAGCUGAAUUAGAAAAACAAGAAAAAGAAGAAGCAGAAGGUGCAAAGCAUAUCAAGAAAGAAGCUAAACAAGAAUCAGAAGGUAAAAUUCCAAAAGAUGAACAAGCUCAACAAGAAUCAGCUGAAAAAAAUGCUAAAUCUACUACCACCACCACCACUAACGAAGAUAAUUUAGAUGAUUUAGAUAUAUCACCAGAAGAAAUUCGUAAACAUCUUGAAUCAUUACCAAUUUAUUUAUUUACAUCAUUAGCAGGAGGUAUGCAAAUUAUGCCAAGAACAAAUAGAUUAGCAACAAUUUUACAAGCCAAUAAUAUAAAAUUUGAAUAUAGAGAUUUAGGUACAGAUGAAGAAGCUAAAAAAAUAUGGAAAAGACAAUCAAAUGGUAAAACAUUACCUGGUAUUAUAAGAGGUGAUGAAUUUAUUGGUAAUUGGCAAGAAAUUGAUGAAGCUAAUGAAGAAUAUAGAUUAAAAGAAUUAUUAUAUGAAAAUUUAUAG